CAGAUAUAUUGAAACACGGGACACACUCACGUUGGUUAGAAGUAGUUUUUAAGACAGGUUUGUUUUCUUUUAUUUAAUUUGUGUGUUUAAAGUAAAAAUGUAUCCACUUCAGCCUAAUGAAGAUGAUAGCAGUGAACAAUUAACUGCUGCCGAAGACAUUAUCAGUGAGUAUAAAGUCAUAGCCAUGAAGUCCGAGGAUGAAAUCGCUGGGUGUCGACAAGAACUGGAUUCCAGCCGGAUCAUUUUACAUCGAAUAGAUUUCCCACAAAAUUGUGUGUGCAAAGAAGAGGAGGAUUCCACUGAGCUCUGCCACCAGGAGGGGAACUCCACAUCUGUAAAAGAAGAACCAGAGCCUAUGCAGAUAAAACAGGAGCAAGAGAAUUGCAAAUAUCAAGAGUUCAAAGAGGAAGAGAAGCAGCAAUCAAUCUGCCCUUCAUUCUGCAUCAGUCAGGAGGAAGAGCAGGUUGUGCUAAAAGAGGAGACUGAAUACAUUUUGGUGAAUCCUCCUUAUGUGCAAAAAAACAGCAAUGAAAGGAACCCAAACAGGGACCAGCUUAUCUCACAUGGCUACUCUGAAGAACAUCAGGAUCAGGAAGGAAACAGUUCUGAAAACCAAGGAAGAGACAAAGAGCAGAAACAAAAUGAGGGGGGCCAGAAAACUGAAGAGCAGAAAGGCACUUCUGACAGUUCAAAUCCAAACACACCCAAAAUAAGUCACUCAGCGGAGAAUGAUUUCCCGCAAAAUUGUGUGUGCAAAGAAGAGGAGGAUUCCACUGAGCUCUGCCACCAGGAGGGGAACUCCACAUCUGUGAAAGAAGAACCAGAGCCUAUGCAGAUAAAACAGGAGCAAGAGAAUUGCAAAUAUCAAGAGUUCAAAGAGGAAGAGAAGCAGCAAUCAAUCUGCCCUUCAUUCUGCAUCAGUCAGGAGGAAGAGCAGGUUGUGCUAAAAGAGGAGACUGAAUACAUUUUGGUGAAUCCUCCUUAUGUGCAAAAAAACAACAAUGAAAGGAACCCAAACAGGGACCAGCUUAUCUCACAUGGCUACUCUGAAGAACAUCAGGAAGGAAACAGUUCUGAAAACCAAGGAAGAGACGAAGAGCAGAAACAAAAUGAGGGGGGCCAGAAAACUGAAGAGCAGAAAGGCACUUCUGACAGUUCAAAUCCAAACACACCCAAAAUAAGUCACUCAGCGGAUAAUGGUUUCUCAUGUAUGACCUGUGGAAAGAUUUAUAGUCAAAGAUAUCGUUUACAACGUCACAUAAGAAGUCAUACCGGAGAGAAGCCUUUCACAUGUACAACCUGUGGAAAGAGUUACAUUGACAAGAGUAAUUUAAUUUAUCACAAUAAAACUCACACUGAUGAGAAGCCUUUCUCAUGCUUGACCUGUGGAAAGGGUUACAAUAAAAGAUCGCUUUUGAAAUGCCACAUGAGAAGUCACACGGGUGAGAAGCCUUACACGUGUGCGACCUGUGGAAAGGGCUGCAGUACCAAACCGAGUUUAGCUUAUCACAUGAGAACUCACACAGGUGAGAGGCCUUACACAUGUACAACCUGUGGAAAGGGAUUUAGUACAAAGACCUGUUUAGUUUAUCACACAAGAACGCACACAGGUGAGAAGCUUUUCUCAUGUGAGAUCUGUAAGAAAACGUUUGUAACUAGAUUUGAAAUAACACGUCAUAUGAGAUCUCACACAGGCGAGAAGCCUUUCUCGUGUACUAUCUGUAGUAGAAGUUUCGCUGAAAAAUGUGUUUUAAUUGAUCACAUGGCCUUACACACAGGCAAGAAGCCUUUCUCAUGUAUGACCUGUGGAAAGAGUUUCAGCAGAAAAUGCUUUUUAAAACGUCACAUGAGAACACAUGAGAAGUCUUACACAUGUACAAUCUGUGGAAAGGGUUACAGUGAAAAGAGUGCUAUAAUGUAUCACAUGAGGACUCACACAGGCGAUAAGCCUUUUUCGUGUAUGACAUGUGGAAAAGGUUACAGUAAAGAGUAUCUUUUAAAUAGUCACAUGAGAACUCACACCGGAGAGAAACCAUUCACCUGUACAACCUGUGGAAAGAGUUAUCGUGUCAAGAAAAGUUUACUUUAUCACAUAAAAACCCACUCAAGUGAGAAACCUUUUUCAUGUGAGACCUGUGAAAAAAGCUUUAGAACUAGAUCUGAUUUAACACGUCAUAUGAAAACUCACAAAUAUGAAAAUCUGUACAAGUGUAAAACCUGUGGAAAGGGUUACAGUGACAUGGCUAGUUUACUUAAUCACAUGAGAAUUCACACAGACGCGAAGCCUUUCUCGUGUGUGACUUGUGGAAAAUGUUACAGUAAAAGGUCUCUAUUAAAGUGUCACAUAAGAAGUCACACAGGCGAGAAGCCUUGCACAUGUACAACCUGUGGAAACACUUACAGAAACAAGGCUAGUUUACUUUAUCACAUGAGAUCUCACACAGGUGAGAAACCUUUCUUAUGUGACACCUGUGCAAAAGGCUUUAGAUGUAAAUCUGAUUUAACACGUCAUAUGAGAACUCACACAGGGGAGAAGCCAUUCUCGUGUACUACCUGUAAAAAAAGUUUCACUCGAAGAAGUUCUUUAAAUUAUCACAUGACCACUCACACAGGCAAGCCUUUCUCAUGUAUGACCUGUGGAAAGUGUUACAGCACAGACUCUCUUUUCAAACGUCACGUGAGAAAUCAUACAGAGGGAGAGAGAUAAUUAAGCCACCUUAUGUCAAAAAUGAUUGAUGACAUAUGACCUUAUGACCUUAUUACCUCCCCCCUUCCGGUCCCAUCCCCCACAAAUGAUUGAUGACUUAUGACCUCAUUAACUUACCCCUCCCCCACAAAUGAUUUAUGACCUUACCCCUCCCCCACAAAUGAUUUAUGACCUCACCCCUCCCCCACAAAUGAUUUAUGACCUCACCCCUCCCCAACAAAUGAUUUAUGACAUCACCCCUCCCCCCUUCCAGUCCCAUCCCCCACAAAUGAUUUAUGACAUCACCCCUCCCCCCCUUCUGGUCCCAUCCCCCAUCCUUCCGAGCGGAACAUCUUUAUUAUCCGAGACGCCAAUUUCUGUAUUCCAAGCUUCGAACCACCCCCUUGAAGCUCCCAAGAAAUCGGCAAUGUAUUUAUGCAGGGUUCAGCAUCCUCCUAUAGAAACACUGCAUGAAGAAUGGUCUUUAGAGGAUUCUGGCAUGGUUGGUGCGUGGGGAUACAUCUUCAAAUAUGAAUCCGGUGAGCUCUACCUUUACCAACUGGACCGAGAAGAGAAGCUCACACCCUUUUCUGAUACAUGGAACCUUACCUAUAAUGACUGGGCAGUGCUGAGGUUGGUGGUCCCCUACAAUACAGAAAUAAACAGGGAAUUGGCUACUCCAGACCAGUCAGAGUUGAUCGGUUUUCCAUCUGAUGUUGAAAUCGUCAACGGAGAGAUACUCUUUAGCGCAGUUUGGCAAACAAAAUCUACCACAAACGGGUCCUGGUCUCUCCGAGCGAGCAGGCGAAGGAGCUACGAGGCUUUUUCCCCCGACCUGUUUUUUUUAGAAGUUCUAAACGCAGAAAGUGGGAUCUUUAGGACCAUGCUGGCGUUACCCUUUAUUGUAUGGCGCCAUAAAAUGAUUGAAAUUGGGGAUCGAAUUUCCAACCUGUUCUGGAGUUCACCCUGCUGGCUUGACAUUCUGACUGUGAAAAAAAACCUCUUUUAGACACGCCCUCUACCCUCCACCCUAUAUAUUUAGCAUGAGGAAGCAUACCAGCACACAUCUCUUCAAGAAGGGCCGUAUCUACACCGGCUAGAAUGGGGUCGUACUGGGAUUUAUACUCUCCUGUUUCCCCCACAGCAACUCCAUAUCUUCCAUCUUCACCACCCUACCCUCUGUAACCGGUGCUUUUUCCAGACGAAGCUAAUCAUCCACCAUCACCAGCACCUUUUCCAAGCGAGACUAAUGAAGUAAAUGUCCUGAAGGAGGAAAAGAAAUUGCUUCCCACUCUUUCCGAGUCUGAUGAAGACAGGGCGGCGGGAGCCUCACCUGAUUCGUCCGAAGACGAACAAACCAGCCUCAUCGUGCAUCCGGCGCAGACUCCGCCGAUUAUAAAUGGGGAGGUGGAUGAGGAUUGGAUCUUUUCCUCACACAUUGCUAUAGUGAAAACAGCCAUGCUUCAUUUGAUUAACCACGUCGCUUUGGAAUAUAAUCGAGAGACUUGUUACGGAUGUCAAACAGACCACCCGAGCCAACUCCAGCAUCAUUGUCUCGAAGUAUUGAAAGAAGAAUUCUAUCAGACUAACUUUAUCACGCUUCAACGUCGACUCAAAACACCGCAACUCAUUCCAGCCAUUCAACAUCUGAUGAAAGAACGCGGACAAGAAGCGGAGGAUUUCAGGGUUAAGAUAAUUGUGGAGACUCUUUUGUACGAACUCAGAUCUUCGUUCGGACUGCGUGCUGCUGUUGAAGAAGUGUAUCGGAACAACAGAGAAAUUUACAAAAUCAAACAACUCUGUACUAUUUCAAACAUCUUUGGUCGCACCGGAUGAAUGAUGUGCUAUUUAGUUGCUUGUUUAUCUUCUGUAUCACUUGGAAGUGAUUGAAA